AUGGCAACCACCGACUUGGGAGAAUUAAACCGCCAGAAUGCAUAUGGCCCACGGCUUGAGCGUUCUGUGACGCUUCACCUCCAGGGAGACUGGGGUAUGGCCAACUUCCACCGUGUUUGUUCCUGGCUCGCGCAGCAGUUUUGUGAUCGGUCUGGACCGCGGAGCCAGGUCGCGAUAUGGAAUUUACGUGACGGUGGCCUCGAAGCCAUUACGAAAGUCUUUGACGGGCAGGUCCAUUUGUCCAUCGCGACGCCUGCUCAGCUCAUGUCGACGGCGCUGACGGGACAAGGAAUCUUUGAACGGUACGGACCUAUGCCGUCCCUGCGCGCGCUGGGUGUGUUGCCCCAGAAUGAUCGUAUGAUUCUUGCUCUGAGUCCCGACCACAAUGUCAGCUCUUUUGCGGAACUGCGAGAGAAGAGGCCACCAUUGAAGAUAGCCAUGUCCACCAACGACGGCACCAAUUUCAUCGGAUACGUGGCAAGUGAGCUCUUGAAAGCGCACGGUAUUAGUGAUGAAGAGUUCAGGCUAUGGGGAGGGGAAUACGUGACGGCGACUCGCCCAGAACAGGCCAUGGCUUUGGUUAUGGAAGGGAAGGCAGACGCCUUGCUUCAAGAAGCAAUAAUGACGCCGUGGUGGGAGAGCGUGAUUGAGAAGAAGAAGUUCAUCCCCUUAGCAGCGGAGAAGGAAGCGUUAGACCGAUUCCAGCAGAACAACCCCGGAGCUGCCCGGAUGGAUGCUGGACCCUUGCCUGCAGGGUUCUGGCCUUCUCUCAAAGAACCACUACCAUGCCUUGACUUUUCGGAUUUCAUCGUCUUGGUGCGCGACGACCUUGCGGAGGAUGUUGCACACUUAUUAACAUGGUGCUUGAUCGAAACGCGAGCUGGUUUGGAGGGCCAAUAUCACCACCUCCGUCCAGAAAAGAGCCCUUUGACAUAUCCUCUUGAACCGAAGAAGAUGGCGCAAUCUUGUAUUCCUCUGCACCCAGGCGCCCAGCGCUAUUAUAGAGAGGCUGGGUUGAUAUAG